AUGACUAGAGAAGUGGAUAUAUCUCAGUUUGACAAUAAUGCCAUUAAUUCUAAUGAAAUCGUUAUUGAUGAUCCAUCUUUAUUUGAUGGUAAUAGUGAUACAUCAAUACCGAUAACAAAAAUAUCACCAAGUACAAUCAGAAAUUUUCGACGUACUCUCUAUGGUCUUCCAUUUCAAACACAUUCUACUUCAGUAUCAUCACAUCAACCACCUUCAUCACCUUUAUUAUUUUAUCAACUUUAUGCACUAAGUGUUUUACGUCAACCAUUCAAUGGUACUAUACGAACUUCAACAAAUACUUGUCGAACAACAACAACAUCAGUUCGAACAAAUCUAUCAUUAUCAAUUCAUCCAACAUAUACUCCAUCAAUUGCAACAGAUAUUCAACAAAAGCAAACAUGUUUUCAUCGAUAUCGUUAUCGAUAUUUACUUAUAUUUAUACUUGUUUUAAUACUUCUAUUAGUUAUUACUUUACUUAUAAUUUUUUCAACAAAUUUUGGUAUUCGUUUAACAUCAUGUCAUUGUCCAAAUGGAUAUGAAAAAAGUUUCUCAACAUCAUUUUGUACAUGUACAGAUAGAAAUGAAUGUCUCAAUGGUGCUGGAUAUCAUACAUGUACUGGUCUUAAUAUGCAAUGUAUAAAUACUAUGGGUAGUUAUAUAUGUCGUUGUCGAUCAGGUUUUAUUCGUGAAAAUGAUAAAGAUUCUUGUGUUGAUAUAAAUGAAUGUGAUGUCUAUAGACCAUGUAAUACAAGUAUAAGUACUUGUAUUAAUUUACCUGGUCGUUAUUAUUGUCAAUGUUUAAGUAAUCAAGGAAAUGAUGAUAAAUGUAUACCAAGAAAUAUUUGUGCUGAACAAAAUGAUUUAUGUGGUCCUCAUAGUGAAUGUGUUGCAUCUCCAUCGACUGGAUAUAAUUGUCAAUGUCUUCCGGGUCAUAUUAUGUAUGAAAAUGGUCAAUGUUCAAAGAUCAAUGAAUGUGCAUUGAGACCAUCUGUAUGUGAACGUGGUCGUUCUUGUAUAUUAACACGAGAUCGUUUUGAUUGUUGUACAUUAAAUAUAACAACAAGUGAUACUGGUGAAUGUACAGAAUGUGGUUUACCUGUUAAUCGACGACAAGCAAGAAUUGUUAAUGGUGAUCAAUCAUAUCGUGGUCAAUGGCCAUGGAUGGCUGUUGUUGGAGUUUAUUUUCGUGAUGAUACAAAUCGUUGGAUAAAUAUAACACAAAAAUGUGCUGCAACAUUAAUUGCAAAUCGAUAUUUAUUAACUGCUGCACAUUGUCUUAGUAAUCAAUUACCAACAUUUGAUACAAUGCGUUUACCAAAUCGUUAUCAAUCAUCAUUAAAAGAUACAUAUCGUGUAUCAUUUGAUGUUAUUGAUGUUGAAAAUGAUAUAGUAAAUAAUGGAAAUAUAAAUAAUAAAAAACAAUCACGUACAUAUACACUUGAACAUGCAUGUAUUCAUCCCGGUUUUAACCAUAAUACGCUUUUACAUGAUAUUGCUAUAUUAAAAUUAAAACAACCAAUCAUACGUAGUUCACUUAUUGAUACAAUUUGUUUACCAACAAAUGAACAAAUAAUUAAUAAUGGUAGUCGACUUUGGGUUGCUGGAUGGGGUUCAAAUGCUGAAUAUAGUUCAAGUUUAAAUACAUUAAUGCAUGCUGAUUUACAAAUGCUUCCAAAAUCUCUUUGUCCAUCUAUUGAAUCAAAUGAUUAUCAAAUAUGUGCUGGAUGGUCUGAUGGAAAAAAAGAUGCUUGUCGUGGAGAUUCAGGUGGACCAUUAAUGUUACUUAGUAAUAAUCGAUGGUAUAUUGUUGGUAUUGUAUCAUUUGGUGAUGGUUGUAGUCGUGCAAAUAGUGGUGGAAUCUAUACACGUGUAUCUGCAUAUCAUAAAUGGAUUCGUGAAAUAAUGUCUUCAUCAACAGUACCAAUGAAUUGUAGUUCUUCUUAUGAUUAUACUCAAAUUCUUACGGAAAUUUCAACAUGA